UUAGGUUUAGUCUUGUAUAGAGAAUGAUUCGAAAGAUUCUAUUAUCUGAACUAACGCAUGUUAUUAUAUUGUAGGAAUUUGCUACUCAUUGAAUAGCACCAAACGAAAAAAAACGUAUAGAAUAUUUUUAAAAUUUAACCUGCAUAGAAGAAGAAAAUUGAAGAAUGAUUCAUAUCGUCAGAGUAUAGCUCAUAAAGGAAAACAUCCUAUUGAUUAUACAUUUACCUUAACCUUGUAAUUAAAGCGAUAUUGAGAAUUUUAUAUACUUUACCGUCACUUUAAAAUUCAUUAUCUAUCUGUUGAAUUUAUAAAAUGAAAAAAAGAUCAAAACUAUGUAAUCGACUAUAUGGAUAGUGUGUGGACAGACAAUAAAGCUUUUCGUUUUGUAAAUAAAUUUCGAAAAACAAAAUUUGUAUAAAUCAACUUAAAACUACAAUGAGCAUUAGUUACAUAUAUGAAGUUGAAUAGAUAGAUAGAGAAAUUUAGUGAGAAUAACUCAUACAAGUAAAAGCAUCAGACAACUAAGCAUUUUUAAUGAAUACGAAUCAUUCAUUAUGUUAACUGAUAUAGUUGAAUUAGAACUCACAUAAAUACUUACAAAUGGCAAGUGCUGAGCGUAUUCAAGCGUGUUAUUUUCCUUUUUCACAUAACUAGUUUUCUGUCUAUUUAUAAUUUAAAUAGAUACUUUUAUUUGUUUUUAAGUUAACAUAAUUAGAAAUAUAACCAGACCAUAUUUUAUUUAAAAGAAAUCGUAUUUCGCUCGAAAAUAUCGAAGAACUUUAUUAAAUGUACACAAUUAUCAUAUUGAUGACACAAAACAAAAGAAUCUUUCAUAUUGAACAUUUCUGUUGAAAAUAUGAAAUUAACGAUAUAUUUUGCAGUUCUGUACAUAUCUAAACAGAAUAGUAAUUUUAUUUCGUUACUUUUUUUUCCUUCUUUUCCUGUAAAUCAUCUGGAAUUAAUCGAUUCUGAUUCAGUGUCAAACAUCAUUAAUAAACAGGUCUUUAAGAUAUAUGUAUUUGUGUUUCUGCAAUGAAUCUGGACCAGAUUUAUUGAGAAUUGGGAGGGAUUUUCUUAUAAAGAAUAUUUUAGUAGAAAGACAUUUUUCUUGGAUCUUUUUUCUCUUUGAAUAGUUGAAUUCGGUUGAAGUCUUUUAACUUUUGGAGAGUCUUCUUCAAUUUCUAUUAAGAUCUGUAUUCAUCUCAACUUAAUAUUAUAGUCUAAAAAUUUUGACAGGCAUGAUUUUUCAUCAUUAUAGAUUCAGAUAGAACUUGAAAUUUUCUAUUGUCUUAUAUUUAUCCAUAUAGUGAAUAUGUUGAAGAAUAAUUUGCGAGUGUUACGUUUGUAUAGUCUCCUGAAUAUAGUAUAAGAAAAAGUGUCUUCGAAAGCGUACAUGCCGAUAUAAUAUUUAAAUAUAUUCUUCAGGAAUACAAAAUAGUUAAUAAUAUAUAUCUAUAUGAGAUGAUAGAAAACUCUCGAAAAUGUCUUCAUUGCCAUUGCAUUCAAUUUAUUUUCUUUUGUUCUACUCAUUGUAGACUUAUCACCGCCAUAAAAGAACUUUCUUUCUAUAGAAUAAUCUUCCAAUAUAGAAAAAACUUGUUCUGGCGGGGGAAUUUUCUUGAAUUUCUAAAAAAAAGGUAAUCUAUUCAAAGUAUUUUGCUCGAUACUUUCACAAUUAUUUCAUAUAAUAGCUAUACUCGAGAGAGUCAGAGAUCUCAUUUGAUUUUAUGUUUUCUCUUCCAAUAAAUAUUCCUGCUAAUGUCACAUAAUAAUUUUUCUAAACUGUAAACUAGAAAAUAAUUUAAAGAUUUAAAAAUACUUUCGUCAUAGGAAAAGACUCAAAAUCUGAUACUCAAGUUUAAAGAUAAAAAUACUACGUAAUAAUUGAUAAUAUAUCUGUGCCAAGAAGUACGUCAAUCAUGAGGGACUAGAUUAAAUAGGGGGUUAUAGAAACCACCGGACUUCAACUUAUAAGUCACAGAGCUAAUGAACAUAUUGCAGUGACGUAAUUAAGUUUACAUUACUAAUAUACAUCCUUGUAUGUGACUAACACAGAGAUGCAUGCUGAACAGUACAUAAUCUUUUCUCUCUCGCUAUUAUAUAAGCUCACGAUAUAUUGGAAGAAACGGGCAGUAUUAUAAGUCAGAGAGUAGUUAAAAUUUGAGUUGUUCGAAGAAAUAGUUUAUUAGAAUGUAAAUAGUUAGGCUUGACUUGUAUUGAGAAACAUGCGCACAUAUUAUUAUCAGCCCAAUAUUGCUAUCUUGUUUUAUUGUAAACUCAUUAUUGAAUAAAUUAUUAUAAGUUGGUAUUGUCCAAAAAUUCUUGCUUAUUUUUAAAUAAUAAUAAAAAUAUUUAUUUUACAUUUCGAUGAGUCCGGCAAAUUAUUUAUGCCAAUAAAAUGAUUAGAAAAUCGAUUCAAUUUUCAUUAGUAUUCUUGGUUGUACUACUUACAAGAGUUUCGAUUAAUUAUCUCGAUACACCCACACCCUCAAGAUAUGCUCUUUGCAUGUCAUUUUUUUUGAUCGUUUAAUAUGUUCUACUUUCACAAAAGAAAAAAUAAAUAAAUAGAGUUCAACACUUGAAACUCCGAUUGAAUGACUUUUUAAUGUCUGCUUGGGUUAACUAGAUUUAAUUAUUUAAGUUUGAUUUUGUACAAAAAUAUAGAAUUUAAAUACGCUUGAGUGAGAGAACAAUAUGAUAUAUGUGUAAUUCAUUCUAUAGAAUAAUCUUCCAGUAUAGAAAAAAAGAAUGAUCUAUUCAAAGAAUUUUGCUCGAUACUUUCGAAGUUAUUUCAUAUACUAGCGAUACUCGAGAAAGAGAGAUAUCUCCUUUUAUUCUUACUCUUUCUCUUCUAGUUAACAUUUCUGCUAAUGCCACGUGGACACAGAACGGAGUGACUAUUGCUGGAGGUCACGGGGGUGGGAAUGCCACUAAUCAACUCAACAGCCCUGAAGGUCUUUUCGUUGAUGAUGAUCAAGCAGUGGUUAUUGUUGACAACAAGAAUCAUCGUAUCAUGCAAUGGAAGAACGGUAAUACAACGAAUGGGCAAGUUGCUGCUGGUGGGAACGGCGCAGGAAAUGGAUUGCAUCAAUUGAAUGAUCCAACUGAUGUAUUAAUUGACAAAGAGACGGAUAGUCUCAUUAUUUGUGAUCAUGGAAAUCGACGAGUUGUACGAUGGUCUCGCCGUAGUGGUACAACACAAGGUGAAAUACUCAUCGGCAACAUCUAUUGUCAUGGAGUAGCUAUGGAUGAUCAGAGAUAUCUCUACGUCUCUGACCGCGGAAGAGGUGAAGUAAGACGAUAUCAAUUGGGUGAAAAUAAUGGUACUCUCGUAGCUGGUGGCAAUGGCAGAGGUGAUGGUCUUAAUCAACUCAAGUUUCCGACAUAUCUCUUUGUUGAUCGACAACAAAAUGUCUACGUAUCAGACCACGAGAAUCAUCGUGUAAUGAAAUGGAAUAAAGGCGCACAAGAAGGUAUUGUGGUCGCUGGAGGGCAAGGCGCAGGGAGUGCUCUGACACAAUUGUCUAAUCCUGAAGGAAUCUUCGUUGAUACAUUGGGUACACUCUAUGUAGCAGACAUGUGGAAUCAUCGUGUAAUGCGUUGGACUCAAGGAGACAAGAAACAAGGCACUGUAAUUGUGGGUGGAAAUGGCGGAGGACCAAAUCAGUUCUACUACCCCAUUGGUUUGUCUUUCGAUCGACAAGGUAAUCUCUAUGUCGCCGAUAUGGGUAAUCACCGUGUUCAACGAUUUUCCAUUGAAUAA